CCUCGGCACCGCCCCGGUGCCGCCGGCGGAGCCAGCGCGGAUCGGCCCAGCAUGGAGGGGACGCGGCGCGCCGUGCUUCGCCUCGCCGCCGCCUGCUGCCUGCUCUGCGCCCUGCCAGGAGAGGGACAGAAGACAACAGAGACCUUGGUGACACCAUCGCCUUUUCUUAGUACGGUGCUAACCUCGCAUCAGCCAAGGGAAGCCUCUGACUUCAGUCCAUUGACUGCUGCCAUUCCUGAGACAAGCCUGGAGAAAAACUUGACUGCUGCAACACUCAAUGCCACUGAAGCCCACGCUACAGAGAUGGAUAAUGCUUCCAUCCCUACCACCCCCAUGGUGAGCACCAAGGCAGAAAGACUGCAGGCUUCCACCACUGCCAGCCCCAGGGAUGUCACAGUUGCACAGUAUGAGCACCACAACAUGAGCUUGUUGGUCAACAGCAACACUGAAAUCCCCUCCUCUAUCCCAACUGCCAGUACUCUGGAAGAAAACCAGCCCAACCACGAAGUCACAGAGCCUUUCAGCACAACUGAAGAAAUGGAUGAUGCCAGCAGUGCAACCCCAACGCCUCCUCUGAACAGUGUGCCUGCAACAACUAACAGCUCUCAGCUGGGGCCUUCUGAUGGGCACACGGUGGGGUCCACAGCAGCAAGGUCUGAAACCAGGCCAGGAACGAGCCCUGUGGGUGCCACAGAGGAAAGCACCAUGGAGCCCAGAACCUCUGCUCCCAUCGCCACCGUAGGGAGCAUGUCCUCUGCUACCGCCUCUGGUACCACGAUGGUGAGACCCCUUGUGACCAGCUCCACCGCUACCAGCACAGCUGCCAUCCCCACCAGCAGAUCUGCAUUGAAGCAGCCAUUAGAGCGCAGUCAUGAGAAGGCUUCUGUGUUGGAUGUUGGUGAUGAUGAAAAUCCAGAGCUACCCAGUUCUCCUUCGGCUGAUACAACGAGGGCUGAUCCCUUGGUAAUCACUGUAAUCUCCGUCUUCAUCAUCAUGGUGGGCAUCCUAGGCCUGGUGGGCUUCUUGAGAUACCGCCAACACAACAGCCGCAUGGACUUCCGCCGCCUGCAAGACCUGCCCAUGGUCCCUCUACUUCCAUCCAGGGUUUGAAUCAAGACAGCAAGUCUCAAGGUUGACCACUAAAGAAGUUCUCUGCUUUCCCCUCACUCUGCAGGGGAAUGCUCAGAGGUUAAAUAGUGAGAGAAAGGGGAGCUCCAUCCAAAUUUCCCUUGAAAUGACAUCUUCCUAGCCUCUCCUCCUGUAUUCUAAUAUAUUUGCUUUGUGACUAUGACAAAGCAGAUUCUGUGCUCUGUUCCAGGGAGGUUGUCUGUCUGUCUGCAUUUUCCCUUUGGGAAUAUAAAAAGAUAUGAGGGUUUCAGAGGCUGGAUUAGCUCUGGGGAAGCUGCAACUAACUCACUGUGCUUUCUGGGGCAGAGGAGUACCACUUCCCUUCUGCAGCAGGCUAGCAAGCUGAUGCUGUUUCUAGCCCAGUGGAGUUUUGCACAGCCAGGGUUUUCCACAUCCCUACAGCAGGCAGGCUCUUCCUGCAUGCACCUCUUCUCUCCAAAAGCUGCAGCAGGAGGGGGGGGCAACAGUCCAAAGAUCCAGGAAUUGCACAAGGACAGCAUUUGGGUGGAUUGCUGGGCAAGAUGGCCACACUGUGACAGUGUGGAUGAGAAGGCUGUGCUGCCUGCACAGCACUCUUCCAGGCUGGGACUGUAUGCCAUCGUGCAGACAUCUCAUUAAAGCACACUAUUCUCUGCUUCUAGGAUGACAUGAUGGAGGACACCCCUCUCUCACUCUACAGCUACUAGGCAACGAGGCUGUCCUCUGCCUGGCUGGCUGAACUUCCCAGAGGAGAAGGCCUUGAGGACUUGGUCCCAGACGAUCUGCUGAGGAAUGAGGGGCUGUGAUUUGCACACAACUGAAAGAUCCUUUUCAGAUGGCUUUUGGUUUUAGACAUUUUAAAUAGUUCAAUGUUGAAGCUUUUAUGCUGGGAAUCAGAGCCCAAGUCUGGCCCUUUCCUCGAGGCUCUCCUCAAAUCAAUGUCCUGAAGACGUGCCUCCUUUUAGUGUGGUGACCAAUUAGCCAAGAAAACCUUUGCCAUCAUGUUCUGCAUGGAUCUCUUCUGUCCCUCUUGGCGGCGGCUGCUUUCAAAGGAGGUGGGCAAGUGAUCCAUACAACAGCUCUUAACACUGGUGUUGUCAGCACAGUGCUAGCAAAGGAGACUGCUGUUUUCUGAGGGAGCCAAGGAUGUGGAUAUCAGUUCUCUUGGGCUCCCUCUUGUUCUGUAUUUUUAAGGUGGUUUAUUUUGGGCUUUUUUUCUUGCACUUUUUUUGUUCCUGUUUCAGCUUUAGUCCUGGGAUUGGCGCUGCCCAUCCUGAAACACUUACCAGGAGGAUGAGAGACUGCUCUGCUUCCUUCCUACAUGCAUACCUUUUCUCUUUCACCAGGGAAAACAGUUUUGUGGCCACUGGAGAAGUGCCCUUGCUACUUGAUGUUGCUGGGAGGAAAAUGAACAUAAUUUUAGCUUAACAGGGCUUGAUAGGACUCAGUCUAGUGCCAAUUAGACCCACUAAUUUGGUCUCACCAAUAUUAGGAAACUGGGUCUCCCAUACUUAAUGCUUUCAGCAUAUGCAUAAAAUCCUUGCCCAGGCUCAGUAAAUGCUUUGGUCCAUUUCCCUGCCUGGAUGGACACCUGCCUUUCCUCAGGUACCUCCCAUUUUGCUGCUAGCAUCUGGUUGCUGAAAGUUGUUGUACCAAACUAGUACCACGCUCUCCCUCCUCUGCUAAUGCAAGGUCAAAGCUCCUUUACCUUCUAAUGUUGGUCUUUGAGCCAGCUGGUGUCUUGUCAUGAGGACAGAUCCUAGAUGUAGGUGCCUUCCUCCCUUCCCCCUUCUAGGCGUUAGGCUGAUUAGAUUCUGCACUUUUGCCUCAAAAUGUCAUUGCUGUAGACUGCAUCCAAGGCUCUUGAGGUUCCUCAAGGAAACUCACAGGCCAGAGUCUGAGUGGAUCUUCAGGUGCCCUUGCCUCAGAAAGACCGGAGUGUGCGUGACAUGGAAGUCUUCAUGAAAUUAAUACCUGCUUCUGUUUUCUAAUUCACGUUUGACUGCAGGUAAAGAGAAACACACGCCUUCUCUAGAGUGUUUGAUUUUUGACUAAGCCAGUUGCUCCCUCAGGAUACAGCAAGGGCUAAAGAUUAUCUACCACAUUGCUCUUGCAAGCCUCAGUCUCUCCUCUCAGUAGCAACGCUCACUGACCCCACAAAGGACAGAUACCAGGCCUCGUUAGCAAAAGUACCUUUUUUUUCCAGUGCUGUUCUUGCUUGUUUUAGUAGGAAAAGGGGAAUUUCCCCAUCAGCAAGGCUCAAAUUAUCUGCAAAGAUGGAGCAGAACCAGUCUGGGUCAAAUAGAUGAACUGGGUUACGGCAGCAGUUCCUCCUUCCUGCAUUACUACUUCCGAAGUGGCUGACAAAUGGCUGCAGUGCAGUCUGGGUUCAGCUGUUGGCUUUGACCUUGCAUCUGUUUAUUGUAAGGAUGCCCAGUAAAAUAGGGAAGAAGGGUUGGUUCUCUCCUAUUAUUAUUGCAUGAAAACUAAAGGGCAAUUGUCACAACUCCAAAGCUUUUGUAUUGAGCAUUGUCUGCACAGAGCAAUCUCCCUAGCUACAGACUUGUUUCCCCUGCCGGAGGGCAGGGUGCUACUGGUUUUUGGCACAAAGAGAGGCAAGUUAGUGGUGGAAAAUAGAACUCCAUCCUGGCUGGAACUGGUGCAGGCUGGCAUAGCUGGAAAGUGUCUCUGCACACAACCGAAAGGGCAGGGGCCAGUUGUUCUGGUUUCCCAUGCAUCGCUGUCCAGGGGAAAGGGGCGAGGAAGAAAACUUGCCCAACACCAAAGUGCAACUUUCUUUGUAAAAUAUGUUAAUAGUGGAAUUUUUUUUCUGCAAUAAAGUUACAAAUGCCAAA